AUGAUAAUACAAUAUUCGAUAGUAGUCUAAUCAUAGGGACAUAACAAUUUCGUACUUUUAUACAAACGCACCCAUAAAUAAUUUUUUUGUUCUGUCAAUGUCAAAACGUCAUACAAAGCUUGCAUUUUGAUCAUGGUGAAGUAUACGAACGAGCAACGAUUGGAAGUAAUUGAAAAGUCAGCGGUUGGAACUUUAAGAGCGGUCACUCCAAUUUUCGGUCGUGAAAAUCGUCCCGCCAGCCAAGCUAAACUGAAAGAAACGAAGCAGUUCUUCAUCAAUCUCCCGUAUCAAUACUGCAACGCCUUGUCCUUGCAAAUGUCGACAUCGAUAAACGACACGAUGACCACAGCGGAUCAGUGUUGGAACGGCACUGACGGAGGCGUGUCCCAAGGGCCUUCUGGAGGAGCAUUCAGAGCUCUGACUGGAGGCUCUUCUAUACUCAACGAGCAGCUGUAUGUGCUGCAAGGAUUGACAGAUAAGCUGCGCAAGGCGCAUCAGGGUCAAGAGGUAGAGAUGGCGGACGAUACAGAAAGUGAUGCGCUCAUAGGAGGAAAUCUUGGAGCGGGCAGUGGCAGCGGAUCGGGGGAUGGGGGAGAGGAUGCUGAGAUCGACGAGGAAGACGACGACGAAGAUCACCACCCGCACUCGCACCAUCCGCCACUGGAGGGCGACAGGGGUCGCUCAGACACAGGCGGUCCCUCGAAAGAUAUCACGUUCGAUGAGCCCGAACAGCCGAUAGUGGAGAUGAACCCCGCGCCGACGAGAGGACCCGAGGUUGUACGAACGUCAGGCGCUGCGUCAACGCGCGACGAUAUGUCUUUGACCAGGGCGCUGGUGCAGUACCUUCUGCCCAUCGUGUUGGUCUGGUUCGGUGGUGCCGUCAAUAACCUGCUGUGAUAGACUUUAAGGAACUUUGCUGGUAAUCGAUCGCGCAAGAUGAAGGAUUCCGUUCGAUCCACGGACAAUUUUGUUUACCUAAAUCGACUUUGCUAUUUCGCUAUUUAUGUGUGUGCAACUGGGGGUGUUUAGACAAGACACACAGUCGAACAUAGAUUGUCUUCAUCGGUCGUCGAGGAUAUUCCAUUUUUUGUGUGUACUGGGGGUAGAAAACAGCUUGGUUUUUUGUGGAUUAACAUUACAUACAGACGUAUUCCUCCGCCUCGUGGGCGUGUGUCAUCAGCGUAAAGGAACACCUCUGCGUGUUCAAGUAAUGAUUAGGUGUAGGUUGGGUGCAAGGUCGGAGCCUUGGGGAAUCCCCACCCUAUGCGUACUCGCUGUGAGCGCCACCUAUGGAGGAAUGGCAUAGAACUUACAGCUUAGGCCAUAGAAGCGAUGAAUGGUCUCCGCCAGCGCCAUCUCUGAAGCAGAUGUUACAUCAGAGUAUGCAGGUCAAGAACGUUGACGUUUAUGCAACACACACAGCAACUACAAGUGAACAUAGAUUAUCUUCAUCAUAUCUAUUUUAAGCAUAACGGAUUCGUUUGAAGUUUUUUGGAAGCGAUUUUAUGAAAAAAAGUUGCACACACAGAUCAUGUUUUCGAUCAAUGUUAAUCCACAUGGAAUGGAAUAUUUUGUACCCGAGGCCAGCCAUCUUGAAGUAGGGCCGGAAUGAUACAGGAAACUCGUGUGAGGAAAACGUGCUGUGGAAUACAGGGUGAGCUAUAUUUAAACAGUAACUUUUUUAUGGUCCUUGAUUGUACUUAAUAUUAUGGUACAUCAACAUCUGUCUGUUUUUUAUGUCGAUCCACUGACGACUUUGAAUAUUCACAAAAUAGACGUUCCAAGU